AUAUGUGUAUAAUGGGGGUCUGUAGAGCACCCAAAAGGAGUCUACCCAUUAUGUUCUUUUGCCGAUGUUGGAUGCAGGUGUACCACAUCUGAGAGACGUGUUUUAUAGGAUGGGUUUGAAUGACAAGGAUAUUGUGGCAUUGUCUGGGGGCCACACAUUGGGAAGGGCACAUCCAGAAAGGUCAGGCUUUGAGGGGCCUUGGACUGAGGAACCCUUGAAAUUUGACAAUUCAUAUUUUGUGGAGCUGCUAAAAGGGGAAACAGAGGGGCUAUUGAAGCUUCCCACGGACAAGGCCCUAUUGGAGGAUCCUGAGUUCCACCGCUAUGUUGAGCUUUAUGCAAAGGAUGAGGAUGCAUUUUUCAAAGGCUAUGCGGAAUCACACAAGAAGCUUUCAGAACUGGGAUUUACUCCAAAGUCAUGUGGUUCCAACGCAGUGGUAAAGACCCAUACCAUAUUGGCGCAAAGCGCAGUUGGAGCUGCAGUUGCUACUGCUGUGGUGGUCCUGAGUUACUUGUAUGAAGCUCACAGAAGAAUCAAGUAAAUCAAAACUGGUUUGCUGUCUCAGUGCAUUGUUUGCACAUGUUAGGCAUCCCAUUCUAUAAUCAGUUGAAUGACACUCAUGUCUGCAAAAUCGGAAACUGAUUAUUCUAUUUUCUAUUUGCUAAUCGGGCUUCAGCUUGCCUGUAACUAAUUUGUGACUGCAUAGUGUCUAAGUGGGAUAUUAGACCCGCCAGCUAGUAAAAGCUACAAUUGAACUUUUCAUCUGGGUUUCAAAGAAUGUAAUCCAUAUUAUAAAAGCUGUACUCUUAGCAUUCUGCUGUAGGAAAUUGAUAGAA